UGACAAAAUACGUCCUGCAACACCAACUAGUGACCAAAAAUCCUUUGAGAUGAUGGAUAAGGUAGAAGCCUUCUACAACAAUGGCUGGAGCAGCGGACAAAUUAGCAUGGUACUUGGUGAUAACACAUACUCGGUGUGUCUCUAUACUUCUAUGGAAACUAUUCUAUUCAAACAUUCAGAUUUGCGAAUUCAUAGAGAAUGGAAAGAUGGAGUCUGGAAGAUGGCAGAUAAGGUGAAGCCUGAUAAGAAAAGGAAAGCUGCUGCCUCAUCACAAAAUUCAGGAAUGGAUAAUGUUUUCCUAAGAAGGAGCGAGAGGGUGCCUAAACGAUCUAGAGACACAAAAACUCCAUUCAAGUCUGACAGAAAUCCGGCUUUAACUGUAAUACCUGAGAUUAUACCUGCAGUUGAUCCGUUUUCAACUCCUGCGGAACAUAAGCUUUCAAGGCUUCAAAAUUGGAUGACAUUAAAGCCCGGCAUGCAUGAAACGUCCCUAUCAAUCAAUGAUAAUAAGAUAAGGAAAUCUUUCUUUCAAAGCAUGGAAAAUGCAAAAAAGGACCUUAAGAAAGAGCACAUUGAUGGAGCCUUUGCAAUGCUAAAUUGCAGAAGAAAUGAGAAUGCUGCUUGGUUCCACAACUACAAGAUUCCAAAGGCGUGCUUCCUACCUAUGGAGUUCUUGCAUUGCUUGCUCUCUGAUGAUUUGGCUUACAAGAAAGAAAAGGUCAAAGGUAAAAAGAUUUUCAACGAUUUAUUUAAAGAUACUGUGAGAGGGAAGGUAUAUCCAGAGAAGACAUGGGGAGAAGAUGUUGAUGUUGUGUAUGGGAUUACUCUUGGAAAAAAAAGCAAUGUCUGGAUUGGGAUGGAAAUUCAUUUGAAGAAGAAAAGAAUCACAGUAUAUGAUUGUUUUCAAAAGGAAAGCAACAGCAUUGAUAUUCCUCAAGUGAAAAAGUUGGCAGUGUUGAUUUCUAAUCUGCUGGUGGAAUCUUCUGGUGAUGAGGUAGAUAAGGUGAAGAUGAUUCCAUUUGAGAUUGAGCAGGCACAAGGUUUACCCAAGACAAAACAUCCUUUCAACUGUGGGAUAUUUCUUGUCAAGAUUCUGGAGUGCCAGUCAUUGAAGAUAGGAGACAUGACAAAGAUUAAUGAUGACAAUGCAUUGGAGCUAAGGAGAACCUUGUCUUGUGAGAUCUUCAACCAAUUUGUGGAUGAGAGCUUUGGGAAAUGAGAAUGAUGCAUGAAAACAUUUUUUGUUUUAGUUAAGACUCGGUUUUAGUUAUGACUGUUUAUUUUGUUAUGUUGUUGGCGUCUGGUUACAUAAGAAAGAUUGGAAGGAUAUCAAGUAUUUUAUUUGGGUAUCA